GUUGGUUUGCUCGCGGCAUUUUCUCUCCGGCAAACCAGCAUAUGAAAUGGAUGUUACAAAUCCAGACUGGGCACCAACACUGCACAUGGGGCACGACGACAUAUCUGUAUCAGACUCGGACCGGCACGCAAGGCGUAUGCAAAGGAAGCGAAAAAGAGCACCCAUUGCAGGCUUGAUGAUCGAUGAAGGUCUGACAAAAGAACAGCAACAAAAUCACCAUGUCAUGGAGGCAGUGGACAGCAGUUGUGUUGGACAAGUGGAGGUUGACGUACCAGCUGCAAAUGUGGACAGUGGUGAUGGGAGUGAGAGCGUCACGGAAGGUCAAGGGCAGAUGAAGGAUUGUGUGUGCAGUGAACAGGGCAGAGCAGAAAUAAACCGGCUGUUGGAGGAGAACAGACUGCUUCGAGCACAGUUGCAAAAGACAGAGCUGAAUGAAACUUUCUUAAAGGAUGAUACCGAAAAAGUAAGAUAUUACACAGGACUACAUUGCUAUGCUGUGUUAAUGUCCCUCUUCAGCACUGUGAAAGAUUUCCUGCCAAUAUCGAAGAAACUGACAGGUUUCCAAAUGCUCUUACUCACACUAAUGCGUCUGAGACUUGAUCUUCCAGUCCAGCAUCUUUGUCAUCUCUUCGAUGUGUCCCACAAAACACUGUCUUCUGUCUUCGCCGAUACCAUUGAUGUUUUGUAUGCCCGCGUAGGAGCACUGGUGCACUGGCCUGAGAGGCACUGUCUGCAGGCCACAAUGCCUCCACAGUUUACUGAAGCUUUUGGAAAACGAGUAUCCAUCAUUGUUGACUGUUUUGAGAUUCGAACAGAAAGACCAUCUAAUUUAAAGGCACGCGCACAAACAUACUCUCAUUACAAGGGUACACACACCAUAAAAUACCUCAUCGGGAUUACACCCCAUGGAGCUAUUUCUUUCAUUUCCAGGGGAUGGGGCGGUCGUGCAUCAGAUAAACACAUCACAGAGAGAUGUGGCAUUCUUCAAAAGCUGUUACCAGGGGACGUAGUAUUGGCUGACAGAGGCUUUGACAUCAGAGAUGCUGUAGGAAUGAUGUGUGCGGAGGUCAAGAUUCCGGCUUUCACAAAAGGCUACUGUCAACUUGAUGCAAGGGACGUUGAACAAACGAGAGCAAUUGCCCACCUGAGAAUUCAUGUUGAGCGAGUAAUAGGUAGUUUGCGCAACAAAUUCAAAAUGUUACACACUACAAUGCCAAUCCGAUUACUCUUAUCAUGUGAGGGUGAAGACACAACACUUCUUGAUAAGAUCGUAAAGGUUUGCUGUGUUUUUGUUAAUAUGUGCCCCAGUGUUGUUGUCAAACCAGGGCCAAAUGACACUUGCUCCUGUUGAGUAUUGUUAAAGCUGUUGUUUUGAAUGUACAGUACAUUGUAAAUAGUUGUAUUUUGU